GUUGUUUCUAUUAACCCACACCAUUGGUCCAUCGGAGCUCGGCCCUCGCCGGCACACAGUCGAACUUCACUUGCCUCUUAUUUUCCAUCCCAUUCCAUAAUAUUCACUCUUCGUACUUUAUAAUGUCUCUCUGCGGAAUUUCUCUUUCCUCCGCAACUCAUCCUCAUUCCAAUUUCCCCAUUCUUCAAAAUCCUACAACAAUUACUUCAUCCCUCACACCCAAAAAUCCGGAACCACCCAUUUCUUCCUCCAACGUUAAAUGGCGCGAAAAAUCUCCAUUCUCCUCGGGAAGGAGAAUGAUUAACCUGUCCAUUGUUGGAUUUCUGCUAUCUCUUGGACAACCCCUUCCAAGAUUCUUGUUUUUCUCGAAGGCCAUGGCAUCACAAAUGCUGGAGCUCGACAGAUACACGGAUGCAAAAGAAGGGUUCACUGUCCUCGUACCCUCUUCCUGGGUUAAGGUGGAUAAGGCGGGAGCAAGUGUUUUGUUCGAGGAAGCAAAGAAAAAGGCAAACAGUGUGGGUGUGGUGGUGAGUCCGACUCGGAUAUCGAGUGUUGGAGAAUUCGGGACUCCUCAGUUUGUGGCGGAUAAGCUUAUCCAGGCCGAAAGGCGCAAGGAGAGCACCAAAGAGGCUGAAGUAAUAUUAGUUUCAGAGAGACAGAGCCAAGAGGGACUUCAAGUGUUUGAGUUUGAAUACAAGGUCGAUAGCACUCGAGGAGGGCCCAAGAGAGUUUUUUCUGCUGCUUUUGUGAAAUCUAAGAGGCUCUAUCUUUUGAACAUCACUCAUUCUGAUGGUUUAGAUAAUCCUCUUAGUGUGGAGACUGAGAUGAAGCUGGAACAAGUUAUGCAUUCAUUUGAUGCCACUCCUUCAACCUAAAAAAAUGACGAUAAUGUCCUUUCUCGUAAUAUUCAUCCAAAGGUUGUAGGCGCUUGAGCUCGAGAAAACCAACGGAAGAAAAUCUAUACUUAUUGCCUUCAUUCUUGGAAAGAGCAGGAGAGAUGAUGAUUUGAGGCUGCUCAAUCCCUUGGAUUUCGUCUUAUAUUUUAAGAAGCUUCUUAAUGAAUCCCUUCUGCUGUAUAAUGUACUUGAAUUCUAAAGGAAAAAUAUGAGGACAAUUGUUGAAUUAUAUGAUUGGUGAUUGUUAGUGAACUUUCUGUGACGGUAAUGUCAUCAUAGGCCACAAUGUAUUUGACAUUUAUUAAAAGUGCUCUGAAUCAAUACAUGCAAGUGAAGGUUGGAAACCAA